AAUUACAAUCUUCCUCUUUCUUCAACUUUUUGUUAAUUGUUCUCUCACAAUUAACACCAUUUCAAUGGAGACAAAGGUUGAUAACGCGAUCAUUAGCUUUAAUCCAAACACAACCCUUAAUCAAAAUCCUCAACGACCAAAGAAUAUCUUUAAGGUUGCACUCUUUAUGAUGCGAGGGAAUUCUCGUAAAUCAUCAAAAGCGAUUGUUCCAGUUGAUGAUGAAUCUAAAGGCAUAUGGAGGAAUCUUAUUGGGUCCAUGAGACCUAUGCAUCUUCAAAGCCACCAAUCUCCGCCGCAGAUUCUCAACGGUCAGAAUAAUCUUAAAAAUAUAAACGUGAUUGAUGAAACUGCUAAUGAUCAUCAAGGUGAGGAAGACGGGGUUGUUCUCGCAUCAGAGUCUCCGCCUAGUAGCCGAUACGCUUCCGCGGUGGGGUUAAAUGAAAUGGUUGAGGAGGAGGAGAAAGAGGAAGAGAUUGUGAUUAAGGAUUUUCAGAAUUAUGGGGAUGAUGGUGAUAACAUGAUUGACGCAAAAGCUGAUGAGUUUAUUGCUCAAUUUUAUCAUGAAAUGAAAUUGCAGCGUAUGGAUGUUGUGGAUCAUCGUUACAAUGAGUUAAGUAUGAGAUCAUUAGGCUUAUGAUUGAUCUGCAUGUUAAUCGCAAUGAUCAAGAGUGUUAUGGUUUCAUUCUUUGUCUCAAUGCAUAUGCAUGCAUGGAAACGAGAUCUCCGUCGAUUCAUCUCCCCUUAAUUCUUUUUGUUUGGUUUUUGUUUUUGUUUUUGCUUAGAAACAUGUGCUUGUAAAGCUCUCUCAGAAACAUAAAAAAAGAAACAUGUAUACGUUUGAAAGAGCGUAAACAUAUAUACAGCGUUGUAAUAUUUUUUUGAAAAAAAAUAUUAAUUAUUGAGGGAAUAGGUUUU